AGUGCGCCGAGUCGGGAGCUGUUCGCUGCAGCACCUUUUCCGGGAAGCCGCUGUUAUGGUAACAGGAGCCGAGAGAAGGAGAGAGAUAAAGGGGUUGUGGAUGUGCCUUUGCUCUCCCUCUGCUCCCGCUCUCAUUUUGUUCCCGAUUUACCGCUCCGGGACGUGCGGUGUGUGCGGACAUGAACGUGGAUCGCGUCUCUCUGGGCGCCGACGAGUAUUUAAGUCACACACAGAUUCUAACCUAUGUUGAAGAUGCAUUGAUACAAUUGUUAGAACACAAGGAGGAGUACAGUAGAGCUGGGAUUUCUAGAUUCUUUGCUGAAUAUUUCAACAGUGUCCGACUUGGGAAUCACGUACUUUUCCGUGAAUUCAGCUUUAUCAAAGCCACCCAAUACAACAGAGCUUCGUUUUUACGAAUAUUCUGGCGUUGCUUCCGUCAGAUAGGCAAAAAUGGAGACCUGUUGACAGUGAAGGAAUACCAUUCUCUACUUCAGCUUCUUUGCCCAGAUUUCCCUAUGGAUCUCACCCAGAAGGCAGCGAGGAUUGUCCUUAUGGAUGACGCAAUGGACUGCCUGAUGUCAUUUGUGGACUUUCUGUACGCAUUCCAGAUUCAGUUUUACUAUUGUGAAUUUCUUGAAAGUGUUGCCGUCAUUUAUCAAGACCUGCUUAUGGGGAAAAACCCAAACACUGUGAUUGUGCCCACAUCCUCAGUGCAGGAAGAACACCAUUUGCCAUCGAGUGAAAUGCCAACACAGGAGGGUAUAGAUGCUUCACAGUUUUAUGACUGUUUGGAAACACUAUGUGAUAGGUAUAAACACAGCUACCCACCAGCAUCCUGCAUAAAGGAAAUCCUCUGGAAAGUGCAGCGAGUGACAUUUUAUGGAUUUCUGAUGGCCCUGGCAAAAGAUGACGGGAUCAACUGCAGAUUAGGAACUUUCCCUAUCAAGACCGAACUCCUUUCAAAUCCAGGAACUGAUCAAGAGCUGGAGAAAAUAAUUACUCAGAUGAUCGGUAAACCAGCCUCCAACAAUGGUUGCAAUCCACCUCCACAGAAGGAGCAAGGCAGAAAAUUCGCUUAUCGGAAACCUCUUGCUUAUCGUAAAAAAGUGGAUGUUGAGAGUGACGGAUCAACCGAAGAGACCGACUCUUCUGAAAAUUAAAUCCCAGUUAUUUAUUUAUUUCUUUGUUGUGAAAAGGGCCCCGUCUCAUUCCAAAGCAUUUCUCAUCUUUCGCUUGCUAAAUAACAUUAUACAGUAGUUGGUGAACAUUUCUGGGGUUAUUACCACACUUACCACCUUCUAGUUCGUAGAACGGAGUUUGAAUUCAACCCAGAAACAGAAAUUAAAGUUUCUCUCGCUCUCUCGCCAGGUCGAAUGAGUUGGAAAAUCUCAACCCAACUGCACACCAGUAAAGUGCCCACAAUUCAGCACAAAUCAUCACUAGAAUUUUACUGGGCAGACAAGAUGAGGCUUUGCUGUACAUCCAACCCAUCCUGUUUUUUUUUUAGCACCAAUAUCCCCUAAGACAACUUGAAGGCAGAAGAAGGUCAUCUCUGUUGCCCGACUUCAACAAACGUUCAAAAAGUGUAAAUGGCAAAGCAAAGAAAAUGUCACUGGAAUUGGAGCGCUCUCCUUUCUCCUCAGAGGUCUGGGCUGAAAGCAAGUCCAGGGAAAGAAGGAGGAUACAACAACAACAACAAGAUUCCAUUUAUAGAGCGCC